GUUCAACCAAAGAAACGGUCCCAGUUUGGGAUCUCUUUCCUUUCUCAACCUUCAAAGGAAAACCUCAACCACGCGAUCCAACCAGAACCAGGAGUCACUUUAGCUUUUCAUCCAUCAAGUACGACCCGAACGUCGUCGACAGGUUCACCAGUGCCCCUACGUGCACAUGCACUGAGAAAUCCGGAUCGCGACACACGAUGGCGGCGGCCGACGUGGACCUCGCCUACCUCUCGACGCAGGGCGGCGUGCCAGAGUCCGACCUUAACACGAUCGUGACUGCCCCGACAGCGGACCUGGUCGCAAAGGUCCUCGGCGCCAUCGUCAUCAAGCUCCGCGACCUCGAGCAGGAAAAAUUUCAACUCAGCGUCGAGCUCGAAGCCGCGUACAGAGGUGCAGAGUCGCGAUGCGAGCAAUUCAAGGCGACGACCGACAAAGCCCUGAAGGAGGUGGAGGAGGUGCGGCAGAAGCUCCAGAGCGAAGAAUCCGCCCGUCGCUCACUGGAGAACGAGCUUGAGGCCCUCAGGUCCUCGGGGACAACGUCUCUGUCGGAGAUCGAGACCCUACGGGCGCGCAUCGCCUCUCUCGAGACCUCGAACCGCGAAACAUUGGCGAUCGUCGACUCAAAGACGACGGCCAACGCCGGCCUCGCCGAGGAGCUCCAGAAGCAACACCAGAAGAUCCUGAAGCUCAACCAGGAAAUCACGGCGCUGAAUCAGUCCGUCCAGACCGCCCAGACGGCGGCGAACUCGGCCAAGUACCGCGAGGAAUCUCUCAAGCAGGAGCUCGAGCUCGCCAAAAAGAACAACGACUGGUUUGACAACGAGCUCAAGACAAAGACGGCCGAGUGCCUCAAGAUCCGGAAAGAGAAGGGUGCCCGAAUUGCGGAACUUCAACGACAAAAUGAGGAGGCCCUCUCCAACAUCGAAUCCCUAACCCGGACCGAGCAGCAACUGCGGAAGCGGCUGGAGGAGGCGCAGGCGAAGGCGGAAGAGGCCCUGACAAAGGUGCAACAGCUGCAGGAAUCUGCCGCCCGAGCCGAGGAGAGCUUCAGGCAGGAGUUGGAGUCGUCCAGGCGCUUGGUGGAGCUGAAGGACCAGCAAUCACAAACCCACCGCAACCGCCUCAAGGAGGUGGAGCUUCGGCUAGAACAGGUCAAGGACGACUGCGCAGAAGAGAUCCGGCGCGUCCGCCGCGAGCUGGAGAAGGAGAGGGAGGAUCACGCCCAGACAGAGCAGCAGCUCCAGGAGAUCCAGUCCGAAGCGGACCGUCUCAGAGCCAUCGCCGACUCUAACAGCGGCGUCCCCGGUUCGGCGCCGCAAACCCCACGGGCCAAUGGCUCCUUACAGGGCCGCCCGUCCUCCCCGUUCGGCACCCCGGCGUCGAUCCGCGGUAAAGCAUCCUAUCGUGCCACUGAGACCCUGGAGGAGCUUCUCAGGGUCAAGGCCCAACUCGCUGGCGAGCAACGUCGGAGUCAGAAGCUCCAGGAGGAGCUCGACGACGCCGUCAGCCUGUGGGAGGCCAAGAUGCCCGAGUAUCAGGAAAUGGUUGCCGAGAACGAAAGGCUCCGGCUCGAAUCCGCUCACAUGUCGGAACUCGCCGAGCAGUCCUACGAGCAGCGAGACGCUGCCGUCAAGGCCGCGCGGAAAGCCGAGGGUGCUGCUGCCGCGGCGCAGGCUGAAGUCAAGAUCCUGCAAGCACAGCUUCGCGACCUCAGCACGCAGAUCCACGUCCUGAUUUUCAACAUCCAUGCUCGGGAGAAGGGCAUGGACCAGCUCACAGAAGAGGAGGUGGCUCAAUUUGAGCGCCUCCAACGCGGCGAGGUUGCCGAGAACGCGCUGGACGACAUGUCCGACACUCAUCGCUUCAUCACCGAGAGGUUCACGGUCUUCAAGGACAUCUACGAGCUGCAGCAGAAGAACGAGGAGCUGCUGAAGCUCACGCGCGAGCUUGCCACCAAGAUGGAGAACGAGGAGGCUCUGGCCGCCAAACAGCAAGCGGCCCAGGAUCACGAGGAGGUACAGGAACUUCGCAGCACGGUCUCGGCACUGCAAGACGAGGUUCAGUCUAUCACGGUGCGCAUGAAGAGCUACAUGACGGAACGCGACAUGUUCCGGCGCAUGCUCCAGCAGAAAGCAACGGCUUCCGAGAUUCAGCAAGCCCUCGGCCUUCCCCGCGAAGGCGGCCAGCGCGAGGUGCUCGCUAGUAUCGAGCAGCCUUCCCAAGCCGAGGAGGCGAACUUGGCCGUGGCCCUGAGGGAGUUACAGGCGCAUUUUGAUUCUUAUCGCAACGACCAAGCCGCAGACCGGAACGCCAUGAAGGACCAGAUCGAGAAGCUUUCGGUCGAGAAGAGCGCCCUCCAGAGUGAGGUUUCACGGCUCUCUAGCCAGCUCACCCUCUCGACGGAGCGAUACAAUAUGCUCGAGUCGAACUUCAAGGCCCUGCAGAACGAGAAGCAGGAGCUACAGAAACGGAACCAAUCCCUCUCCGAAGCCGCGGCCAAGCAAGACAUCCGCACUCAGCAAGUCGCCGAGGAUCUUGUCGAGGCUCGCGGUCUAGUCGAGAGCUUGCGGAGCGAGACCGCGAACCUCCGUGCUGAGAAGACGCUGUGGAAGACAAUCCAGGAGCGGCUCAGCCAAGACAACGAGAGUCUGGCGCAGGAGAAGGCCAGGCUGAAUACUCUGCUCGCGAACCAGCAGUCGAUCCUCAAUGAGCGUGAGCUCUCGGAAUCUGAGACAAGGCGCAGGCUCCAGGCGCAGGUUGACUCCCUGACCAGUGAGCUCGGUACCACGAAGCGGAAGCUGUCCGAGGAGGUCGAGGAGAGCAAGAAGAUCCAGCUGCGGAAGGAAUUCGACGCUCAGCAGUUCCAGAAGAGGAUCGACGAACUGACCGCCAUGAUCGGCCAGAUCAAGGAGGAGAACGUGCAGAUCAAGACGACUCGCGAUCAUCUCCAGGCCCGCGUCGGGGAGCUGGAGAUUGAGCUCCGAAAUGCUCAAGAACGCGCCGAACGCCUCCGGCCUCUGCCCACACCGAGGCCCGGAGCGAUCAACGAACGAUCCACCGCCGACAGCGAGUCGCAGGCGCGUAUCGAAGAAUUGGAAAAUGAGGUCCAGGAACUCAAGAACAGCUUGGACCUGCUCAACGUCCAGCUCGACAAUGCGAAGCAGCAGGCUGAGCAGUUCAAGCAGCUCAGCAAGGAUAUGGAGGAAGAACUUACAAGCCUCAACGAGACCCACGAACAGUACCGCGCAGAGAUGGAUGCGGCCCUCGAGGCCAAGGCGAACGCAGCCAACGAGCUGCAACAACGCAUUGAGGCACUCACCAUCGGACUCUCCAACUCGAAUAACGAGCUCAACAGGCUGCGGGAUUCGCAGGGCGACAUCGCCAGGAAAUAUGAAGAGAAGGAGAGGAUGCUCAAUAGCGAGAUCGCUCGCCUCAAGGACGAAGAAGAGCGCUACAAGGAGGCUGCACGUUUCCACCAGCAAGACCUCCGCGCACAGGCCGAGAUCGCCACCAAAGCCCAGCAGGAAUACGAGCAAGAGCUUGUCAAGCACGCCGAAGCGGCCCAGCUUUUGCAACAGAUUCGCGCCGAGCACAACGAACUCAAGACCAAGGCUGCCGCGUGGCGGGCGGAGGCGGAAUCUGCGAGGCUUUCGCUCUCCCAAAGCGAGCAAUCCUGGGAGGAGCGCCGGCUACAGCUCGAACAGGAAAUCUCGGAGCUCAAGACACGGCGUGAGGACGUCGCCGCGCAAAACAAGCUGCUCCACCAGCAGCUCGACAGCGUCACCGCGCAGAUUACGGCUUUGCAGCAAAACCGGGUUCGGGCGGAAGGCGAAGCUCCGCCGCCUUCGGUUGCGGACACAGCAACCGAAGGCCUACGCGAGCUGAACAAUUACCUGCGCCGGGAGAAGGAAAUUCUCGAGGUGCAAUACGACAUCAAGGUCCAGGAGGCUAAGAGGCUGCAACAGCAGCUAGAGUACUCGCAGUCUCAGCUUGACGAGGCGCGCCUAAAGCUCGACCAGGAGCGCAGAGCGCACUCGAAUAGCUCUAAGACCUCCCUCACCUACAAAGAGCUCAUGGACAAGCUGAACGAGCUCAAUCUGAUCCGCGAGAGCAACGUCACGCUUCGCAAUGAGAACCACCGCGCCCAGGCUCAGCUUGAGAAGAAAAACGAACAAAUUGCGGAGCUCGAGGCCAAGAUCCAACCUCUCGAGGCUCGUAUCUCGGAGCUUGAGCUCGACAAGGGCUUCAAAGAGCAAGAGAUCCGGCAGCUCCAGGAGGCUCGCGAAGGCUUGCAGAAGAGAAUCGAAUCGAUCCUCAGCAAGUAUGGCCAGGCUGACCCUCAGGAGGCAGAACAGCUCAAGGAGACCAUCACGAGCCUCGAGGCUGAGCGGGAUGCUCUCCAGCAAAAGGUCAAGGACGCCGAGGAAGCCUUGGAGACGAAGACGAACGAGUGGAAGACGACCAAGGAGCGCCUCGCCGAGGACUUCAAGACACGGUUUAGGAAUAUGAAGGCGCAGCGUGACGAGGCCAACACCGAGAAGAACACGCUCCAGAGCAGCCUCGACGCGGCCAACCAGCGGUUGGCUGAUGUGGAGAGGGAGCUCGAGGCGGCCAAGCAGGAGCUGCGCGGCCUGACCGAGAAGAACAAGGCCCUCGAGCAACAAGCACAACAAGCGGAACAAGCGGCUCCGGCGGCCGCACCAGCGGUCGAGCAGCCCACUGCAGCGCCUGCUGACUCGGCCGAAGUCGCGGAGCUCACCAAGGAACUUGACAGCUUGAGACAGCAACUGGAGGCUGUCACGUCCCAGAAAGCCGCGGCGGAGGCUCAGGUCGAGCAGCUCAAGACGGAGCUCGCGACCGCCAUCUCGGAGCGAGAUAACGCUCUGGAACAGGCCUUGGCGGCAAAAUCCGGCGACGCCGUCAUGGCGGAUGCUGCUCCUGCGCCCACCCAGCCGGCCACCGGCCUGUCUGCUGAGGAGCGCAAGGCCUUAGAGGAGAGAAUCGCGGUUGCCGAAGCCAAGGCGGCUGAAUUCGAACGAAAGGCCAAGGAGCUCGAGGAGCAGUCGGAUGCCAUCCUCAAGCAGCGGUCGGACAAGAUGAAGAAUGCCCUCAACAAGAAGCUCACAGAGUCGAAAGAGGCGAUGGAAAAGCAGGCCCAGGAGGACAGGAAGAAGAUGCAGGAGGAAUUCGAGCUGAGGCUGCAACAAGAGCUGGCGAUCAUCAAGGCCGAACAGCAAACUGCAGCGCCCAGAAAUGGCGUUCCUUCAACUCCUGCCAAGCCGUCGUCCGAGGCGCAGCCUCCGCAGACUCCGGUCGCCGAUCUCAACUCCAUGAAUGAUGCACAAAUCCGGGAUCUUGUCGCCACGAACCCGACGGUCUCGAGCAUUGUGAAGGCCAACGUGAAGAGGAUGGUCGCGGCUGAGGUCAAGAAGGCCAAGGAGGAGGCCGAGGCGGCUCUGAAGGCCGAAUAUGACCAGAAGAUUGCGAACGCGAGGGAGCUAGCCGAGAAGAAAUCCAGCUUGCGGAUCAAUAUGCUUGACAAGCAGAACAAGACAGCACAGGCGAAGCUCUCGGUCGUUGAGACGGCGGCUAAGGACACCCCGCAGCGGCCAGUGAUCGAGGUCUGGAACAUUGCCAAGGAAGCGAAGCCUCCGGUCCCUCCGCCGGCCCCGGCUUCCACGCAACUUUCUGCUGCUUCGGCCGCAGCCCAUCCUGCGGCCGCCAGUCCUCCGCCGGCAGCUGCGGGCCAGCCGAGCCAGCCGAGCCAGGCCGCUUCAGCCACAGCCGUCAAAGACGAGUCCAAGCCCGCGGGAUCUGGUACAGCACCUCCAAGUGCUAUUCCGCAGCCGGCAAAGCCGGCCUCCGGAAUACCACCUCCAGUCGUCAACAAUCCCUUCGGCGCGCCUGCUACUGCCCCGAGCAGCAGUCUCCCGCAACCUGCUGCAACCCAACAGCAACAGAAGCAGCAGCAGCAGCAGCAGCAAGGACAACAACAACCACCUCAACAACAACAACCCCAACAACAACAGCAGCAGCCGCAGCCACAGUCGCAGCCGCAGCAGCAGGAGCAGCAGCAGCAACAACAGCAAGCUCAGCCGCAACAGCAGCAGCAACCAAGAGGCAUCCCUGUUCCAUCUGGCCGCGGCGGGGCUGCAGGCCGUGGUGCGCGGGGUGGUCUCUACCAGGCUGGACCCGGUCGUGGUGGUCAGGGACAGCGUGGGCGUGGUGGCUUUGGGCGUGGUGGCGGUAAUGCUGGAUUGAAUCCCAAUGCGGGAGAGUUCAACCCUGCAGGGGGAGGUGGCGCUGGUGCUGGGAACAAGAGACCCAGGGAUGGGGCAGAUGGAGGAGGACCUGGAGAGGGGGGAAGGGGAGGGAAGAGGGCUAGGGGUGGUGGUUGAACUGAGCAGCCCCGUGAAGGGCUGGCAACUCUAGUUCGAAUAUAAGGACUAGUUAAGGCGGUUCUGCAGGGGAGAAAAGGGGGAAACGAAAGGGAAGGCUAUCUCUUACUCAUUUGGCUAAGGUGGGAAAGAGGUGAUGAAGAAAGGGACGUUUCAAUGGGUCUACGAUACCCUGACAUGGAGAACGGGUGCAAUGGU